AUGGACGCUUUCGUUGUUCUCACGGAGCGAUAUGGGUUAAAGCCUCAAGGCAAGUCUGCUCCAAUGGUAAUGGAUUCGUUGAAGCGAUCGGUCAACCCUAAAAAUGGCGAAACCGCAGAGUUGACCUCGUAUGGUGGUUCUUCGAACACGGAAUUUAAUAUUGGUUCCAAGUUUGACGGUGGGGAUUCUGGUGGGUUUGACGACUUCUUGGUGUUUGAUGAGCUGGAAAAGUUUUCUUCUAAUCAGAUAUCUGAAAAGUUCUGGAACCAGAACAAGUCUAUUGAUUUGGGAAAGAGUGAAGCUGGUUCUGAUGAGUUGAUACCUGGAUUUGGUGGAACUGCUCCUCAACCGAGUAACAGAGGGAACACUACAUGGGCUGUUAUUGCUGAUGACCCUUUUGAGGUUCUACCAUCAACUUUGGUACAACCAUCUGCAGUUAGCCCAACAAUUUCUUCAGUUGAUGAUCUUGUAGAAUUUGCUGUGGGUAGUUUGCAUUGCAGCUCCCUGGAUUCUGAGAAUGCUGGUAUUAUUUAUAGAGAAGCUGAAGAUGCUGAAGAAAAGAAACAAGAAUUUGGUGUAGAUGACCUUGAGUCCAUUUUCAUCCCUCAAGUAAGAAACUGCCGUGCAAAUACGUCUUGCAAGGAAGUGUUUGAUGUGCCAAAAGAGAGAUAUACUGAAGGUUCGCUUAGUACAAAGAAACAUGAUGCUCCAGCACAUGUCCUAGAUGACUUUUCUCCACUUUUUGGAGAUGACCCAUUUCUUGGAGAAUUUAAGGGAAUUACAGGGGAAAGUGACAAAAGAAGAAUAGCCAGAUGGGAGCGUGAACAAAGAAUGAAGAAACAAAUGGAUAAGGCUGUAUAUGAGAUGAAUCACCGUGAUCGUCAAAUUCAGAUUGAACAAGAAGAAAGGAAUAGGAUCUCUGAGACCCUUGACGCGGAGAUUAAGCUUUGGGCUGCUGGGAAAGAAGGGAACAUGCGUGCAUUGUUAUCAUCAUUGCAUCUCGUACUCUGGCCCGAAUGUGGUUGGGAAGCUGUCUCGCUAACAGAUUUGAUCACUUGCGCGGGAGUCAAGAAAGUGUACAAAAAGGCAAACUUGUAUGUCCAUCCUGAUAAAGUUCACCAGAAAGGAGCUCAACAGAAGUAUAUAGCUGAAAAGGUCUUCAACAUAUUGAAGGAAGCGUGGAACAAGUUCAACAAAGAGGAGCUCUCUUAAUCCUCUCAAACCUGUUUAACGAACAUAAUCCUUUCUUGUUGUAGCAUUCAUACAAGUUUUCUGUAUAAU